AUGAACGAGCAAUGUUAUAUAUUACCAGGAGAAUUUGGUGUAGUUGUUCAGGUUAUUAUUGGGUUUGUGUCAUUGAGUAUAUUACUAACUAAAUUUAUUUUGGAGAAACCUAGAAGAACAUUUGUCAAAUUCAUAAAAGAUGUAAUUGUUAUAUUAUGUGGAUCAACAACACUUCAUUUUGUUAAUAUAUUUUUAUGUAUAUUUAUUUUUCAAUAUCAUAUUUUAUCAUAUAUAAGCAAAAUUGAUAUGGAUGAGUGUUCUAUAUAUUUUAUUCAGAUUAUAAUUGAUGCAAGCGUAGGUUUAUAUUUGGAAUAUAAAAUAUUUUCAUUAUUUAAAUUCUUGAAAUUUAGAAAGGAAUAUUUAUAUAAUAAUUCCAGCUUAUCUGUUUAUAAGCCCGUUGAUGCACUAUCGCAUUAUUCUUCUUUUGUAAAAUUUGCAAACAAUAAUAACGUACAGAAAUAUGAUGAUAAUAAGAGUAAUAGUAAUGAUGACAACAGGAAUAACCGUGUACUAUUUAUUGGAACAUAUUCAUCUAAUUUAAAGGAGUAUGUAAGAGAAGAAAAUAGUAGCACCUUCAGCUCAAAUAAUUCAAAAAAUGAAAAAGGUAAAGAUAAUAAUAAUAAUAAUAAGGAAGUAUAUGAAAAUAAAAUAUUUAAGGAAAACUACAUUUUUAACACUGAUAAUAUUGUUCAUAAUUGUACUACAUAUGACGAGGCAGGACACGCAGAACAAGCAGAUGAUAAGGUUUCAAGACAACACGUAGAAUAUGAUGAAAAAUAUGGUGGACAUGAUAAAUAUGAGAAAUAUGGUGGUGGAAAUUAUGAAGAUUAUAAAAAUGAACUGAAAUUGCUAACGGAUGAACUCCAAGAUGAAGAUGUCCAUAUAGAAUUAAAUGAAAAUAUGCAAUUUAAUGAAGAUGAAAUAAUUAUAUAUGAAAAUAAAAAUUCAGAUAUGCCCAAACACUUUGAAGAGAAAUAUAUAGACUUGAAUUUAUUUCAAAGUGUACUUUUAUGGAUAUCUGUAAUUUUAACGGCAAAAAGUAUAUCAUUACUUCUUUUUUUUCUUUUUUCACCAAUCUUUAAUAUACUUGUCCUACAUUCAGUAGCACAUAUUAGUGAUAUGCGAUAUAAACUUCUAGUAGUAAUGAUUAUAGUACCAUUCUUUUUCAAUUUUAUCAUAUAUUUCUUUACUGAUUGCAUAAUUAAAAGACAAUAUCCACAUGGGAAUGUAAGUAACGACAAGAUAUAA